GGGAGGUAAUGAAUCUCUACGCUUCUCUCUCUGCAAUUACUCCUCGAGAGCAUCUCUCUCUAGAAUACUGAGUAUUGCUGACUUGAGCGUCGGAGUGUUUUCCUCGAGGAAACAACCUCGGGAUUUUCAGGUGUAGAAGCAGCUGAGAACUUCAACAGUGUUGGACUGCGAAGCUGCCGAAACAAAUAGAAAAAACGGAAAGUAAAAACUAAAAGUAAUUGAAAAUAAAUUUGAGUUACUACAAAAUUGAUAAGAGACUAAGCUUCAAUAUGGAUUUUGGUACGCAUGCCAUGAGUUUGAGACUACCGUUAGGCAAGUGCUUCUCAAGCUUCAACAUGGAGGAAGCAGUGUGCAAUCAUGGGUUUUUCAUGAUGUCUCCCAAUGUCUGGAUUCCUUCCACCAAAUCUCUCACACGUCCUCUCCGCCUCUCCAACUCCAUCGAUUCUGCAACCGUUACCAUCUCCCACCCUCCCAACUUCCCCUUUCUCCUCAUUAAAGUAGACCAAAAUCUCUCCUCCCCUGACCAACAAUCUAUACUGGAACAGGUUGCGAGGAUGCUUAGGAUAUCACAGAAAGACGAGAGACAUGUGAGGGAAUUUCACGAAGUCCAUGCCUCUGCUAAGAACAGAGGUUUUGGUAGAAUUUUCCGGUCGCCUUCCAUCUUUGAAGACGCUAUUAAGUCUAUCCUCCUCUGUAACUGCACGUGGGAUAGGACAUUGCACAUGGCUCGUACACUCUGCCAACUUCAAGCAAAACUAACAUGCAAAACUAAGAAACGAGGCAAAAGGAAGCGAAGUGAGCCACGCAUGGGGAAUUUUCCAAAUGCAAAAGAGCUGGCUAGGCUUGAUGAGGGUUUCCUGAAAAGGCAUUGCAAUCUCGGAUACAGGGCAAAUUAUGUGAUUGAAUUAGCUAGAAAUGUGGACAGCGGAAAACUUAGGCUGGAGGAAUUUGAAGAAGCAACUUGUCAUGAGCAAGUGUUCAGACAAAUGAUGAAGAUCAAUGGGUUUGGUCCUUUUGCAUGUUCCAAUGUACUCAUGUGCAUCAGAUUUUAUCAGAAGGUUCCAGCGGAUACCGAAACCAUAAGACACUUGAAGAAAGUACAUGAUAGGGAAGGAUGCUGCAAAGGAACAGUUGAAAAGGAUGUGGAGCAAAUUUAUGGAAACUAUGCACCUUACCAGUGUUUGGCAUAUUGGCUGGAGCUGUUGGAAGACUAUGAAAAUCAGUUUGGGAAGCUGAGCAAGUUGGAGAGUUGCAAAUAUCACAAAGUGACUGGUGGCCUGGGCUUGAGGGGCAAAAGCAACAAAACAAAAUGAGAGAUCUUAAUUCAAUGCUGGUGCUGUUGACAACAAGACCCAUCAUUUUUUGAUAUUGGACAUUUGGGGUAGGUUAAAAAUAUGUUUUUUUUGCUGAAAAAGGAAACGAUAUGUUCAGGGCGUGUUUAGAAACAGGAGUUGGUAUAGAACACUCUCACCAGGUUGUACAAGGAACUUCCACCCGACCUCUAUGAAAUUCACAAUUUCUAUUAAGAAAAUUUUGAUUUGGUU